ACUUCACCGUUUCUGUAGAUUCAAUAUUUAUUGAUAAUAUCUGUUUUGGAUCUGCGAGUUGUUAUACUGUGUUGCUAUGGGUUAUUGAUUGGAAAUAUUCUAGAAUUGUAAAAGAAGAAGAGCUAUUCUAUUUAUAACUAUUUUACAUGCUAAAGAUUAGUCAUUAUGUAAUUUGUGUUUAAAUUGGGAAAAUGCUAAAGCAAACAGUUAUUUGUAUGAUUGUUAUAUAAAUGGAAUUAAACUUGCGAAAUUGUCUGACGAAUUCUAUUAAUUAUCGUAUUUGGGGCGACAGUAUCGGUGGAGGUUUCAGAAGUGUUGUAAACACGUGACUGGAAGUCAAUUGAUCGGACAGAUCGUAUUUGUGGCGACAGUAUCGGUGGUGGUUUCAGAAGUUUUGUAAACACGUGACUGGAAAUCAAUUGAUCGGACAGAUGUUUUAUUGAAAGAGAUCGGUGUUUAUACAAAGCAAAGAAAAUGUUUAUCUGGCCAUGGUUUCUAUUUCAGAGGUAACUACUUGAAAAGAGAUAGUGAAAAGGUUGUGAAAGCAGAAAAAAGAGGAGGCAAGAAAAUGAAACAUACAUUACCUUUAACAUUUUCUGUAAAUUACGCUUAAUUACACAUAUAUAUUUUAUAAUUAUUCAAUAUGAUUGUCGUUUCAGCAUACUUCGACUUUUCGCUUGUUUAUAUGGUGUUCUGAAACUGUAACUUGUGAGAUCUAAAUUAUUACAGUAUAUUAUUUUGAUAUCGGUGAUAAUUAAGGAUUUAAAUAUUGGUAUAUUUGAACAAUGUAGAACAUAUAUUUUUCAUAAAAUUUUAAACGAUUUUGAGCAUUUUGAAAAAUAAAUAAAGGCACAAUAAAUUACAUUUCUCUAUCAAAUUUAAAUGCAAACAUGUUACGUCAAAUCCGGUUAAGAAAUUUUGUUAAAUUCAAUGGCAACCAUGAGCAUAGGCUAGACUUUCCUGUAAAUGGUGUGUACAUUUUUCUUGGCGAAAACAAUACGGGUAAAAGCUGUGUUUUUGAAGGAAUUAGGAGGUGUAUGCAAACUGAGUUAAACUCCUCAAUCUCAGCAAGGCACAAUCCUGGCGAUAUAUCAUAUGUAAUUUGUUUAUUUAAGAAAAUCAAAGGUGACUUGUUGACUUCCUGUUUCGUUUCAUUUAAAGAGGACGAUGACACAAUCUUUUGCAAAAUUGUAUUUUACAAGGCUGGUAACGGAACUAUUAUUGCUCGUUCCGUUCGUCACACAAAGGAAGGUGGAUGGGGAGCAUUUUAUGAAUGUACUUUGUCAGAUGACAAAGAUAAAUUUCAUUUAUUGGGCUCCCAACUUUUGGAUGUCAAUAUUAAAGACGAAAUCGAUUCAACUGAACUCAUUAAAUUUUUAAAAACCCAUAGAAGUGAUAACAAUGUCAUUGAAAUUUUUGAUCAGUCGUUCGAACGGAUAGAAUUUGAAACCAUUUUUGCUUACAGAGGCAUAAAUCCGAUCCAAACAUCUCGCCAGAUACCAAUCAAGGAAGUUUAUAACAAAUACAAAAGUGCAAAUGAUCUGGCCUAUGUAAUAAAAUCUCAUCUAGAUGACUUACGUACAGAUAAUAGUAAAGUAGAUACAAAUACUGAAUCUGAGUAUUUCCGUUGUAUGACUGAACCCAAUUCAUACACAUUUCAGCUUAAAAAUGAAGAUGAUACAUCCAUAGGCUCUAUAGAGAACAUGCACAUCGUUGUAAGCAGUGGGAUGAAUGGGAACCCAUUUUCAAUACUAAAAGCACCGGAAGGUAUUUUAGAAGCAAAGCUCUUGUCUAUUACUUUAUCUAAUAGGGAAACAACGACACUAUUAAUUGAAGAACCUGGAAGGGGAAUGCAUCCGUCCAUGCUUGACUGCUUGAGAGAUUUAAUCUUGUAUGAUGUUAACACAAAGAAAGAGAAAACUGUUAUACUUACCACACACAAUCAAAGAUUUAUUUGCCCCUGGACAUUUGAGAAAAUGUUUUAUUUCUACUCUAGUGAAAGCGGAACUGAAGUGAUAAGUCUAGGCCAUGAAUUUAGUGACAAAAAACUGAAGAGCAAGGAAUAUUUAUGCGGUGAUCAGGUUAGCCCAAUUUUUUUCUCCAAACGGGUAAUUAUGGUGGAAGGUCCAGAUGACAUGAGAUUCCUAGCUACUUUAAAAAAUAUCAUGUUAACAGAUAAGUCAAGAAGAAAUUCAGUUUUUCGUGUUUGUGGAGGUAAUAGUCAAUAUGAACAUAAAUUGAAAAAGUUUUUAACGUCUUUGCAUAUAAUCGCUAUGGGGGGUAGCGAUCGUGCCAAGGAGAUAGAGCCUCUUUGCUCUGCUCUCAAACUCAACGAUAGAAAUCUACGGUACUACAUGUUUGAUAGCGAUGCCUUAUCAACAAUAAAAAAUUUUGUAAUGCCAAACCUACAAAAGAAAGAUAUUGAAGGAUUUAAACUAGAUGAAAUGGAAAACACUGGAAUCUUUGUUUGGUUCGCGUAUAUCAACACAAUCGUAGAUAACUUAGGAACAAACGCUAUUUAUAAAUGUAGUGAGCUUCAUAAUUAUGGCAGAUUGGAAGAAGCCUUACUACAAUUUUACAAAACACACGAUCGCAAAUAUCAUGCAUGUAAUGCAAAAUGCAAAAUAAACAAUUGUACAGGCUUAGAAGAAUUUUUAACGGCCAAACAUUUAGAUUUAAAAAAGAAAAAGAUUUGGAACUCAAAUGAAAUUACUGACAUAGAUAUGAGAGAAAUUAUUGAACGUAUAAUAGAUAUUAGCAUGGAGUAUGGGGAUGAUUGUAAGUAUAAGGGAAUUGAUUUCCCAUGUCCUUUCAAACGUCUAUUGCAGUUCCUCAUCAAAAAUGCAGAAAGAUCUUAGAAAUAAACAUAAACGAGAUGUGUUCCUCCAACAACUUCCUCACGUUCUCCAAAAGAAACAAAGACAAUAUAAAUACAAAACGGUUCAGGGUUUCACAACCCAAACGGAUUAAAAGCAUAGCCUUAACCAAUCCAAGAUUGAGCUACGUAUUGUUUUAAACAAAACAGUCUUGUUGAUAACGGUACUCAAGAAAUGUGAACGUCAACUGUAUAUCUGAAUUUUUCUGUUUUCGUCUUUCUUAGUUCCACUUGAAUAGUGUAAGAAAUAUAUCCUAAUCUAAGGGAACAAUUAGUGAGUUUUUUCCUUCUUUUUAUUUUUAAAAGAGAUAAGUUUAAACACAUUUAUUUACAGCUGUGGAUUGGGAAACAAGUUAUCACAAUUUAUAUCAAUUCCAUUCCACUUUGCUGGUGCGAAUGUUGCCUUGUAGCGGCAUUAGCCUGCUCUUUUCGAAAUCUACAAGGGUGUCCUUUACGUGCAAUAGAUAUUGGUCUCUCUAAACACUGUUCAGUCAUUUAUCGUCCCUUUCGACGGACUAUCAUCCUUUCUCAAGACCAUACGCGCAAAUGGUGUCUAGGGAGAGCCAAAAAUUAAAUGGCUGAAAGUUUCAACGGGGAUUGAACAUGGGAUUUUUGUGUUUGUAGUCCGAUGCGCUAACCACUAAACCAAGGCUCUCAUUGGUUAAGCAAUCGGGAGAAAUUCAAGGUGCAUAAACUUCGCUUUUUUUAGAAUCAUUAUUAUAGUCAAUACCAAGUUUCAGCUUAACCUUUAAGUUUUUGUCGCAUUUAAAUUAAUGAUAAUCAAUCUACGUCG